GAAUUACCAAUAACAUCCAUCACCGACGUUGUGGCAUUCUCACAGUCACAGUCACAGUCACAAUGAAGCACUCAACAUGGCCUCGUUCUUCCUCUUCCAAUCCCUUCUCCUCCAUCCCUUUCCCAUCCCAUUUCUCCGCCGCGCGCUCCACCCGCCUCCGUUCCCGCCCUCCGCCGUCCCAACCAUCCCCCUCCGGCCGAGACUUCUCCGCCCUCCCCUACGACGUUCUCGUCAAGAUCGCCGCCUCCUUCGACCACCCCAACCUCCGAGCGGCGUCGCUGGUCUGCCGGUCGUGGUCGGAGGCGCUGCAGCCGCUUAGAGAGGCGAUGGUUCUUCUGCGGUGGGGGAAGCGCUUUAAGCACGGCCGGCGAGGGUUCCGUCCGAACGCCGACAAGGCUCUGGACUCGUUCAUGAAAGCUGCCGGUCGUGGCUCCGCGUUGGCCAUGGUGGACGCCGGUCUCAUUUACUGGGAGAGAGGGGAGAAGGCUAAGGCCGUGGAAUUGUAUCUGAAAGCUGCUGAACUCGGAAAUUCUUCUGCACAGUGCAAUUUGGGAAUUUCCUAUCUCCAAGCUGAACCUCCAAAUACUGAGGAAGCUUUAAAAUGGUUAUAUAAAGGUUCUAUUGGUGGGAAUGUUCGUGCCCAGUACCAGCUUGCGCUUUGUCUGCAUCGUGUUGGUGGGAUCCGUAGCAAUAUGAGAGAAGCUGCUAAAUGGUAUCUGAAAGCUGCGGAAGGUGGUUAUGUCCGUGCUAUGUAUAAUAUCUCCUUAUGCUAUUCCUUUGGGGAAGGACUGACACGUAAUCAUCAAGUAGCAAGAAAAUGGAUGAAGCGCGCUGCUGAUCGUGGGCAUAGUAAAGCUCAAUUUGAGCACGGACUUGCCCUCUUUACUGAGGGAGAUAUGAUGAAGGCUGUGGUAUAUUUGGAACUUGCAACUCGUGCUGGUGAGAAAGGCGCCACUCAUGUCAAGAAUGCAGUUCUUCAUCGGCUUUCAGCAGCUUCACGUGAUCAUGCCAUGCAUCUAGCUGACAGUUGGCGUGCUUUGCCAUCUAGUUGAGUCAAACCUUAUAUUGCUUUGUGAGCAAGAAAAUGCAUUACCUUGAUCAGUUGCAUCAUUAAGGUGAAGAAGACAAGAAGGCCUAAGCAUAAAACAAAGAAGGCAGGAGUUGAUUAGGCAACUUCCUUUGCCUACUAAUCCUGACUACAAUAGUGGUUUUCCUUUAUUUAUAAACAAAACUAGACGAGUCCUUUGUGAACCGCCCUAUUGACCAAUUGAAAGUUCCACGUAGAAACUGUAGAGUGUGAUGGGCAUUUUUAGUCAUAAAUGGCCGUCUAGAAAAUUGCAAAUUCAUAUUACUCUAGACUAUAUACAGGAUGAAUGUAUGAUAAUGAAGUACCAAGUUUUCUUAUUGGCUUUACAAUAGAAAUAGUUAACCUCUAAUAUGAUUCAUAGCUAAUCUGCAAUUAAU